GUUUCAAACAUUCGACGUUUGAACCGCGGCAACAAACGUCUAAUUAUUAAAUGGGUGAUAGAUUAAACAUAAUUAAGUACUAUAGGUGGCUGAUAUUUCUGUUCAGCUUCAGUAACUUGGAUAAAAUUUAGCAAAGUUUUGUCUUAGCACUAACAAAUCAAAAAGUAUUAACUUGGGGUUCGAAUACCUGGUAAUUUUUAAAUAAAGUUAGAGUUAUAUAUUUUUUUAAUUUAUUAUAUCGGAAGUUCGCGUUUAUUCGUUCAAAAAUGAUGCACUUUAAGACCAUCCCUGAAGACUACGUGAGGAAGGCAUCCCAAUGUGCCCAGGUGGCGCUGGGCUGCAGCCGCGCGGCGCACCAGACCGCGCUGAGGGGCGCCACCGUCGUCAACCCUCAACUGGCUGCUCUGACACCCAAGGUGCGAGCAUUCGUGGAGCGCAGCGCAGCGCUCUGCCAGCCAGAGCACGUGCACGUGUGCGACGGCUCCGACGCUGAGGCCGGCGCGUUACUGCAGCUGAUGCAGCAUCAGGGGGCGCUCAAGCGACUGCCGAAAUACGACAACUGCUGGCUCGCCCGCACGGACCCCGCAGACGUGGCCCGUGUGGAGUCCCGGACGUUCAUCUGCUCUGAGCAGGAGCGUGACGUGGUGCCGGUGGCCCGGGCUGGGCAGAAGUCUGCCCUGGGCAACUACAUCGCGCCGCCCGACUACGAUCGCGAGGUGGCUGAGCGCUUCCCGGGAUGCAUGCGGGGUCGCACGAUGUAUGUGAUUCCGUUCUCGAUGGGUCCGGUGGGGUCGCCGCUCUCCAAGAUCGGCGUGGAGAUCACCGACUCGCCGUACGUCGUGUACUCCAUGAGGGUCAUGACUAGGAUUGGCAGCAAAGUCCUAGAGGCGCUUCGCAAGGACGAAUCCUUCGUCCGCUGCCUACACUCCGUGGGCACGGGGGGCGUGCAGGGCUGGCCGUGCGACCCUCAGCGCACCAUCAUCCUGCACCGGCCCGCUGACAACGAGAUCGUCAGUUACGGUAGCGGCUACGGCGGUAACAGUCUGCUGGGCAAGAAGUGCUUCGCGUUGCGACUUGGCUCCGUGUUGGCGCGCCGCGAGGGCUGGCUGGCCGAGCACAUGCUGAUCGUCGGCGUGACAGACCCGAAGGGCCGCAAGCGCUACAUCGCCGCCGCUUUUCCCUCGGCCUGUGGGAAGACCAACUUAGCUAUGAUGACGCCCACGCUGCCGGGGUACAAGGUGGAGUGUGUGGGUGACGACAUCGCUUGGAUGAAGUUUGAUGAAAAUGGUGUGCUGAGGGCGAUUAACCCUGAGAACGGGUUCUUUGGAGUCGCGCCAGGUACAUCGGAAGCGACCAACCCGAUGGCAAUGGCGACUGUAUUCAAAAACACAGUAUUCACGAACGUAGCGGAAACCAGUGACGGAGGCGUCUGGUGGGAAGGCAUGGGCAAAGCUCCUGAAGGCAUCACGGACUGGAAAGGACAACCUUGGGACCCUAGCAAGAAGACUCCCGCUGCUCAUCCUAACUCUAGAUUCUGCUCUCCUGCCGAGCAGUGCCCGAUCAUAGACGAAAAUUGGGAAAGUGCUGAAGGCGUACCGAUCUCGGCCAUUCUCCUUGGAGGCCGUAGACCAAGUGGUGUGCCGCUGGUUGUUGAAGCCAGAGACUGGCAGCAUGGCGUCUUCAUGGGUGCUGCCAUGAGAUCUGAAGCCACCGCUGCUGCUGAACACAGCGGCAAAGUGAUUAUGCACGAUCCAUUCGCAAUGAGACCUUUCUUCGGUUAUAACUUCGGAGAGUACUUGAAGCAUUGGCUGUCGAUGCAGAAGCCUGGCCGCCAAUUACCCAAGAUCUUCCACGUCAACUGGUUCCGUAAGGACGAGCAGGGUAAAUUCCUUUGGCCUGGAUUCGGCGAAAACUCCCGCGUGCUUGACUGGGUGCUCAAACGCUGUGAGAAUGAAUCUGCUUACACUGAAACUCCGCUAGGAUACGUGCCUUCUGAAGGCGCACUUAAUACUGAAGGACUUGGCGACAUUGACAUGAAACAACUAUUCAGCAUUCCCAAGGACUUCUGGUUGCAAGAGGCUGAUGCCAUUGAAAAGUACUUCAAGCAAGAAGUCGGCGAAGAUCUUCCAAAGGAAAUGUGGGAAGAACUGAACAAACUUAGGAAAAACGUGCACUAGACCAAAGAUUAUGAUAUAGAUAGACCACUUAAGAAUCAAGAUUUCAUCAAUGUACAUUUUCCAGAAAACAUUCCUCAGUUAAUUUAAGAAUAGUAGUAGUAUAAUUGACUAGAUAGAUGCUUAUCGUAUAUUGACUUUGGAAGAGAAAAAAUAUGAUAUUGAACGAUUUUGAUACUGGUGACAUCUGUUUGAUAGUAGAUGAAAUACGAUGGCUGUGUUAGAUAAGUUACGUUAAAUAAUAAUUUCUAAGUGAAUAAGAUUUAGGUCAAAUUAAUGUAUAUUUUAAACUAUAUGAUAAAUUAUAAUACUCUUAAAAUCAAAAUAAAAUCAAUUUCACAUUA